UUAAAUAGCUGGCCCAAAGCGAACCUGGUUUAUAGUACCUUUUUGCGUAUCUUGUUUUUCGCUUUCAGUUUUCACACGAAAAGAAUUAAAGGUGCUCUUCAUCUCUUUAGUAAUAAGAGAACCACGAAGAAGAAGAAGAAAUCAGUAAGCAAAAAAUGGUGAAAGACAGGACAAUUGGUGUAGCAAUGGACUUCUCAAAGAGCAGCAAAACUGCUUUGCAAUGGGCCAUUGAUAACUUAGCUGACAAAGACGACACCUUUUACAUCAUCCACAUCAAAACUCAUUCUUCUGAUGAGUCACGUAACAAGCUCUGGGCUCAAUCUGGUUCUCCUUUAAUUCCGUUGGUGGAGUUUAGGGAGCUAGAAGUGUUGGAGAAAUAUGAUGUGAAGACUGAUAUUGAUGUUCUUGAUUUGCUUGAUACUGCUACUAGGCAGAAAGAGAUAAAUGUUGUCGCCAAACUGUACUGGGGAGAUGCUAGGGAGAAACUAUGUGAUGCUAUUGAAGAUCUGAAGUUGGAUUCUUUGGUUAUGGGUAGCAGAGGCCUUACUACCAUCCAAAGGAUAUUCUUGGGAAGUGUGACAAACUAUGUAAUGUCUAAUGCGACCUGCCCUGUGACUGUAGUCAAGGAUCCAGAUUUCCACAAACACUGAUCAACAACUCUUCGUCGUUGAAUUCAAGCAUUGCGACUUAUGAUGCCCGUUGAAUAAGAUAAUAAGCUUAAAAUGCAUUUAUUUCUCUUGUGAUAAGAUCGUGUUUUUGGUUUCAAUAACUAAACAGAGAUUGAUAAUUUGCUCAAUUU